CGUAAUAUGAUUGGUUAAUCCUCCGAGUUGCGAAGAAAUCGAGCGCAGGCGAAAAUAGACUUUGGAGAUUGAACCCUAGAACUACAAGGCAUCAAUUGAGGAAUUAGGGUUUCAUUUUCUUCUUCUUCUUUAUCAUAUUACUCAAGCAAUUCGUUCUCUCGAACAUGGAAUCGGAAGGGCAAAAGGGUACGGUGAACCCGUCCGCGAUGUUAGCGUCUCUGCUUAGUAGGAGAGCCAAACUUCACGAAGAGCUUCGCAGCAUUGAAAAGCAGGUGUAUGAUAUGGAGACGAGUUACUUACAAGAUCCUGGACAAUGUGGGAAUGUAUUAAAAGGAUUUGAAGGCUUCCUAUCUUCGUCGAAGAACACUGCACUCUUGAAAAGGUCUAGAAAGUUUCAACCUGAAGAUAGGCUCUUCUCACUAUCUUCAGUGACCUCGCCAGCGGCGGAAGAGCUUGCAGCUGGACGAGAUGAUGGUAGACCAGAUUAUGGUCCUGGUCGUUCAAAAGGUGGAGGAAUUUAUGCUAAUGGACAGGGUAAACCAAAGAAAGGUAGAGGUGGGGCAAGAGAAGCAAAGAGAGCAAGGGCUUCAAGUGAACAAGAUUUUGAUUAUGAAGAUGAUCCUGACCUGACCUUGUGAUUGAAAAUGCCACUCCAACUUUCUGUUAUACAUUGUGCAAUGUGAACGCCUGGUAAAAUCUGCUUUGGUUCUGAAUGGAUAGGCACUUGGUGCGUUGUGGUUCCUCAUUGAAUGUAUAUAUUAUUAUUCUAGUCCCCAUAGUUAUGAAUUUUGCACAUCUUGGGUGAACAAAGCCUACUUACUCACGUUUUAUGGAAGGCAUGGGUGACCUGUGGUAUUGGAAGGCAGGCAGUCAGGAUAUAUCGUAAAUGUUACUUUGCACAAGUUUUUGUUGGCUAGUUGAUUGUUUUAUUAAACUUGUCCAUUUUAGCAUGAUUUGUUAGUGUUGUAGCAAUUAUGUACAGAACAAGAAAAUAAAUUCAACUAAUUUGAGUUUAGAUGCCUAUA